AUGACAUUAGCUCUCCCCCGCUACCGACCGUCGUUGCUUCAACUGCUACCGAACGGUGCACUUCUCCCGCAAGUGUCGCUAAUCACGCUGUACGCCGAUAUCGGAAGACAACCUUCCGUCAAGUUGCCUUUCCCCAGUCGUAUAUCUGGGUACGACCAUUUGUUCCGCGUCCUCAUCGACUGCGGUGCGUCGGAAAAAUAUGCCCGACGCUCGAUUCAGUUGAAUCACGGGAUCAUCGCCGCACUCCAUCGUGCAUGCAAAGGAGGCUGA